GGGUAAUCGCGAGGCCUGUACAGCUUAGUUUGUCCAGAGGAAGGUGGGCUACUGUUUCUACUUGGCAUUCGUGACGCGCUCCACGACGCGUCCCGGCAUCUUAACGCGACGGGACUUGUCAAUUAGAAGAAGCACACCCCCGCUUCCCCAAGUGCAGGGGCAGACGAGCGACAUUGUCUUGCAGUAUGCUGCCUUGUUCUCGUCCGGACUGUCACCAGUGCACACUGCUGUACUCGAUCCCACGGCAUUAGCCCGUGUAUACAUGUGCGUGCACUUACUUUGCAGUACAUGCAUAGCGUCAGGCGCGAUCUGAAGGCGCAAUGCCUCUCUACAAGUCCUUCUCUGAACAGAGCGCGGCUCCCGGGCGCCGGCGACCGCAAUGGCAGAGAUCGAAGAGUGGCCCGGCUCCCCAGACCACCGUCCCCCCUCGCCCACUCCCUGUCUCCGAAAAGACGAAGAACAAGCUGCUCGCGUACCAGUUCGAGCUUCCCGCUCCCCGAACAGACGCCGAGGACACGAACUCGAAGCACACAGCACCUCCGCAGCCAGCCAAGGUCGGCAGCGCUGUGACACCAGCCAGUCGCUCCACAUGGCAGGACCUGCUGGGAAAGCCUGGAGCCCCGACGGAGGACGAGAAUCAAUCCCCGAAUGAACGCGUCCUUUGGCGCAACGACCACGAUGCCAACCAGCCCGUUGCCAUGUCCCCGCUGCUCUCACGAAAGGGCCGCAAACGCGCAAGGAGCUCGUCACCCGUGUCGUCCCCUGCUUCGAAGCACACCACGCCCGCCGUCGACGUCAAGAAGCUGGCCGAAGUCCUGAGGACGCCCAACGCCGACCCAGCCCUCGAACUAUGGGACCGCUUCUCUGUUCCCGGCUCGUGUACUAGCCCCUCCGGCCUGACGAACCCCCUGCUUGCACAGCUCAUGGUCUCGUCCUCGCCUCGUCCCAAAGAGGGCGGCGGAUCGGGCAGCGCAAGACCGUUGAGGAAAGCUAUCAGCUGCGGUUCUCACUGGCCCAAGCGGCGGAAACUUGAGCGGACCGAGUCGGAGGCGGCGGAUCCGGUUGCGGGGAAGUCGCAGCCAGACUCGAAGUUAUCCAUGGUUUCGGCCUUGUUGGAGACGGUCACCGAAGGAAUCAGGAAGUCGAAGUCAGCCCAGCCGAAGUCACCCUCGCCCCGGCCGCGCCCGCAGGGCCAGAGAAACUCGCCACUCGGUCCGGGCCCCGUCAGACGGUCACCUUCGCCGCGACAGUCCGGCAGUUCGCCGUUAGCCAAGAAGUCGACGCGACUGGAACCGGAGGGAGACGUCGCUAAAGUCCCUUUAGCCGAUAAGGCCUUCUCUGAUUACGGAGAUGACGACUUUGACGACGACAAAUUGUUGGAGCUUGAUGCGAGCAUCCUUGAGCAAAGAGACGAUCCUACUCUGGUUGUCUCCUCCGAAGGACCGGACCAACAAGCUCUUACCCUCGGUGAUCAUCGAAAACUCUCACCGGCUGCCCCAAAGCCUGUCGACGACGAGUUUGGCGAUCUGGAUGAUGACUUCUUUGACGGGGCCGAAGACUUGGUCGCCGAGGUGGAGGCAAGGCACAUGUCCCAGAAGAAUACCCAGGAUCCCUCCCAGGGGCAACGGCACGAUAGGUCGGCCAAGGCCUGCGGAGGAAAAGGAUAUGACGAUGAUGAUGAUGACGCGUACGGUGAUGACUUUGACGACGAUAUUGACUUUGAUGCCGUCGAACGCGCAGCAGCACAGGCCGCCUCCUGCCCCUCCCCCUCCAAUCCCAGCCAGAAGCCCAGGGCAAUCCAGCGGUAUCUGAUUACGAACGUGCUUGACAGCUCUUAUACCGAUGAACGCGGCCGGGAACAGCCCGAAAAAAUAUUGCUCGUGGAAGCGGAGAGAACCAAGACUACGAGAAUGGUCCAUCUCAGGGGUGACUGGUACGACACACAAGCGAGCACCAAGGCAUACGUGCAUAUUAUCGGCGAAUUUGAGCCUUCCGGAAGAUGCGUUAUUGACAACAACCACAAUACCCUCAUCCUGCACCCUGACCAGCUAGUCUCGUCCACUGUUGUAGCCGACUCCUUUACCUGUAUGCGUCGCGCUGUUCUUCAGGACCGAGUCAAGGCCACCAGCGAGGCAACGCCUGCUUUGGUCUACGGCAACAUCCUGCAUGAGGUCUUCCAGGAGGCCUUGAUGGCGAAUAGCUGGGAUCUGGGCUUUCUGGGGUCUGUUAUUAACAAGAUCCUGCCAAAGCAUCUGGAAGACCUCUACGUCAUCAAGGUCAGCUUGGAGGACGCCCGCUCCCAUCUGCUGUCCAAAAUGACGGAGCUAAGGUCUUGGGCCGAAGCCUUUGUCGCGGCAAACCCAAAGCCAAAUGCCUUCGUCCAGGGCAAGAACGGCGAGCGGGUCAACAUGUGUGUCAGCAAGCUGCUCGAUGUAGAGGAGCACGUCUGGUCGCCCAUGUACGGCCUCAAGGGAAACAUCGACGCUACGGUGCAGGUGACGAUGCGAGACGGGAAGGCAUCCAAGACGCUGACGGUGCCCUUCGAGGUCAAGACGGGAAAGAAUGCCACCGCGAACCACCAGGCGCAGACGGUGCUGUACAACCUCCUUCUCUCGGACCGAUACGACAUUGAGAUCGCCUACGGCAUCCUGUAUUACAUGGAGACCUCGCAGACGCUGCGCAUCCCCGCGAUACGGCACGAGCUUCGCCACAUGAUCAUGCAGCGGAAUGUCCUGGCCUGCUACAUCCGAGAACGGAGCGUUCAGCUUCCGCCCAUGAAGAGGAGCAAGAACGCCUGCGGCAAGUGCUACGCACAAGCGUCGUGUUUUACCUACCAUAGGCUCGCCGACGACGGCAACGGCGAGACGAGCGGGCUGAACGAGAAAUUCGACGAGCUGGUCAAGCACCUGACUCCGACUCACAAGGAGUUCUUCCUGAAGUGGGAGGAUCUCCUCACCAAGGAAGAAAAGGAGAGCCAGAAGCUGCGCCGCGAGCUCUGGACCAUGGUCAGCACCGAGCGCGAGAAGCUGGGCCGCUGCUUUGCAAACGUCAUCAUCCAGGAAGGGUCGGCGCAUGAAGACAAGCACCAGGCCAAGAUCAACCGGUUUUCCUACACGUUCGUUAAGGAAAACCCAGCGCCCGGCUUUUCGUUCGUAGAUUCGCAGCUCACCGUAGGAGAACCCAUUGUUGUCUCUGACGAGCAGGGCCACUUUGCACUUGCGCUCGGAUACGUGACGGCCGUCAGGAAGCAGCAGAUCAGUGUCGCCGUGGACCGACGCCUCCACAACGCCCGCAUUCGGCAGCCGGGGUUUGACGCCGUGGACAACCAGGUGUUUGCGAGCAUCAUGGAGGUGGCGCCCGAGGGAGCAAAGCCAGAGCAGAGCCAGGGGAAGAUCAAGGAGGCGCCGAUCCGCUACCGGCUGGACAAGGACGAGUUCAGCAACGGCAUGGCCACGGUGCGGAGCAACCUCGUGCAGACCAUGGCCGACGGCCCCUUUGGUUCGGCCGAGAUCCGGCGGCUCGUUGUCGACCUUGUCCCGCCGAGGUUCAAGACUACGCCGACGCAGUACACCAUUGCGGGCAAGGACAGCCUGAACGUUGACCAGAAGGCCGCCGUGGAGAAGGCCCUGCGCUUCGCCGAGCUGCACAUCCCGGACAUGGACGCGCUCCGCGCCCGCCACUUCAGCGCCACCUCGUUUCUCUCGUCGCAACAACAACAACGACAACGGCAGCAAUCCGGCCCCGGUUCCAGCCACAGCCUGAGUCCAUCCCGCCAGGCCUCCUUCUGCCCGAGCCCGCGCCGGAGCGCCUGCUGGCUCGCCGACCUGCUCGCGCCCGAGGCGCGCGUGCGCUUCGUCAACACGGACGGCCUCCUCCCGCACGCGCGCGAGCAGGCCAAGGGCAACCGCAUCGUCAACCCGUGCGAGGCGCGCGUCGUGGCGCAGCUGGUCGACGCCCUGCUGGCCGUCGGCGUGCCCGCGCGAGAGGUCGGCGUGGUCACGCACUACCGCUCGCAGCUGGCGCUGCUCCGGCAUUCGCUCCUCAGGAAGGGCGACAGGGAUGGCGGGGUGGUGGAGAUGCACACCGCGGACCGGUUCCAGGGCCGCGACAAGGCGGUUGUCAUCCUUAGCCUGGUGCGGAACAACGAGAACUGUGCGAUCGGCGAGCUGCUGAAGGACUGGCGCCGUAUCAAUGUCGCCUUCACGCGGGCCAAGACCAAGUUGCUCGUCGUCGGCAGCCGGGCGACGCUGGGCGGGUGUGGCGAGGGCGAGAUGCUGGCUAGGUUUGUGAGGCUUAUGGAGGAGCGUGACUGGGUCUAUGACCUCCCCCCCGGGGCGUUGGACGCGCAUUUUUGGGAAGAUGCUGCUGUCGCCAGCGGAGCGGUGGUGGUGGGGACACAGGGCAGUGUUGGUGUUGUUGGUGGCGCGGUGGCUGGUGCUGCUGCUCUUCCUGCUGUCGACCCUGCUGGGAAAGGGGUGGACCGUACGACUAAGGGAGCAAGGAAGGCGGCAGCGGCAGCGGCAGCGGCAGCGGCAGCCACAACCGAGGCUGCGAGCGGUGUGAUCGGGGGGGAAGAGAACCGCCCCGCGGGCCAGAAGCAGCCGAAGAAGGCCGCUAGGAUCGGGGAGCGCGCCAUGCUCAAGGGGAAGCCGGUUUUGCGGGAUAUUCUGAAUGACAUGAUGGAUGGCGGAUACUAGUACUGAGAGUACUAAUUCACUUGGUGACGGGCGGGGGACCGUCUGCAGCUUUGUUUGUUGUAGGGUGUUGAAGAUUCUUUUUUGACUUCGCUCGGUCCGAGUCUAUGGGCAUGUCACGUUAUGCUUGGUUGAGCUAUGUUUGCCUUUGGCUGCGUUACUACUGGACAGUUGGAGCGUGUAAUGGCGGCUUGGAGAGCGCGGCCUGAUAGUUGGGGGAUUAUCUAUCUGGGUGGUAGCAGGUACGGGUACCAGGUACGGCAGAAAUAUGAUGGAUUGCUACACACUCCUGUUGACCGUUUCCCUGCCAUACUCACUCGAGAGUCUUGGUGGCCAUUACUUUGGCAACAGAGUCUGGCGACAACUCGUCUAGUAGUACGUCAC